AUGGGAGAUGCCGCGCCUGAGUGGUCCUCGGCCUUCGUCACAGGACACUUCGCUGCAUUGACGAAGACGGCUACCGACGCGAACAGCCAGCUGACGGGCCAGAUCAAACAACUGGACGGACGGAUGGCUGCACUCGGCAUCAAAGUACAGCAGAUGGAGACACGCAUCCAGGCUUCAGAAGAAGCUAUUAACACAGCAUCAACGACCUGGCAGCAGCCCCAGCAAGGAGCACCGCGCCACCUCAUGGACGGCACCACAGCGCAGCUUGCAAAAACGCUGCCAAGUUUCUCCAUCCACUCCAAGAAUGAGGACACGGCAAAGAAAUUCAAAGAAUGGUUCAUCCAGCAGCAGCUUCAAUGGAAGGAUGCUCGAGACGGAUCAUGUCAUGCUCUACGCAUUCGCACCGACCUCCCAGAUAACGCCCGUCAUCGACAGAGACGCAUGUCGCAUUUAUGGGCGCCGAUCGUUCAGUUCUUGAAGAAUAUCAACAGGUACCAAGCCGACUACAAGAUCGGCGCAAACGGGUUCCGCAACGAGCUCUUCAUCCGCACAUCUGAUGACUUAUUCAUCUGGGCAAAAGGUGAACGGGGCGGGCUCGGCAGGCUGGCGCUCAAGCCCAACACGGGCGACCUCGCCUUCUGGGGCAUUCCCGUAGACCAGGUGCAGCAGUGGAUUGACGGCGACGCGCAUUUCCACGCGCUCUUUAGCCAGAAGUGCUCGGACUGCAUUGAAUUCUUUCAAGCAGAUGACACUCGUCGGGAGAUGAGGGACGGGAGCAUUGCCCACAUUGCGCGUUUAGACCGCAUCUACUCCAACAUUCCAGCGGACCACAUGGUGUGCAAGGCUGCCAGUUGCUAUCCCGAGCUCCAGAGGUUCUUUGGCUGCGAGACCCUGCUCUGUCACGACCGCCAUGGUCUUUGCGAACUGACGCAGGAGGAGGUCAGCGACAUGCUGUCCAAGGAGGCGAGGGGUUUGGAGCUGGUGGGAGUAAGUUCUGCUAUCAAGUACUUGGGGCGCUCCCCGAUCUUCCCCCUGAUACUCUCCAACGGAAACUCUACGCCCGUCUCCACGCCCUUCCUCUUCUUGGACCUGCGGCGCUUGAAGGCCUUCAGUAUCGACUGGGAAAGUGGCUGCCUGAAGUGGAUUGCAGCAUCCCUCGGCUCGGAGCCCGUCCAGGUUUGCCGCCUGAGGCCCGCCGAUCCUCUCCUGAGCCGCCUGCAUUUCCUCGCGGGCCUGGGGCGCUGCUUCCGCCCGUGCGGUGACCUGCCGGAGGCCGUCGAGCCGUUGGCCCAGCGAGCGGGACGCGAGGAAGGGCGCCUUGGUCCCGCGACCUGCACGUUGAUGACCACCAGGGCUGGGCUGUUCAUCAUUGCGAGCGGGCCGCAGGCCUUCAUGCGGACGGUGCGCUGGUCGAGGGUCUGCUUCUUGGAGGACGCGGAGUCCAUGGCCGCAACCGCGGCACUCGCGGGCUGCAUCAGCCAGGGUGCCGCCUUCGCGCCCAGCGCCCCGGCCAGCGACGCCUCCCUGCGCAACGCUGGGCUCCAGAGCGGUGCUGCCGACGCCGGCGCUGGCGCUGCGCCGCAGCCGCGUUCCGCGACCACCGCCGUGGCGGCCGUGGUAGUGGCCGUGGCUGGGGCGGCGCUGACCCGCACGCGCAGGGGCGGCAAGCAGUCCGCGGUGGCGUGCCGUGCGGAGCUCACGGAGAUCCCCUACGGCGCCGAGCGCGUCACAGCGAACCCGGUGGCUGGCAUGGUGGGCGCGCCGUCUGAGGCCGAACGUUUCCUGAUCGGCGGGGACGAGAUCUACGACCCUCUCAACAUCGCUGCCAGGUGCCCGCAGUACCUGCCUUGGUUCCGGGAGGCCGAGCUGAAGCACGGGCGCGUGGCCAUGCUCGCCUGGGUCGGCAUGGUGGUGCCGGACUUCGUGCGCAUCCCCGCCUUCGGAGACGUCGCCGGCUGCUACGAGGCCUCCUCGACAGUCGCCGCCCACGACGCUUGCGUGGUGGGGAACGCAAACGGGCUGGGCGGGCCCCUCUUCCAGGUCUUCGCGUUCUGCGGCUUCUUCGAGAUGCUGACCACCUACCCGAAGUUCUGCAAGACCGGCAACGAGGUGACCAUCGAGAACGCCGGCGACUACAAGCUGGGGAUCAACUUCCUUCCCACGGAGACGGCGGCCAACGGCAUGAAGUUGAAGGAGCUCAAGAACGGGCGCCUCGCGAUGCUGGCCUUCAGCGGCGCCAUCACGCAGGCCGUCGCCACGGGCAGCGGCUUCCCCUGGCUGGGCGCCGUGGCGACGGAGAAGGCCGGCAGCGGCUUCGGCGCCAGCGUGAGGCCCGCCGCUGGGGCCCUAGCCAGGGGCGCCAGCCGUGUGGCCAUGCGCGCGGGGCCCGAGGGCGGGUACAAGAUGAGCAAGGCUGUGCCCUUCCUGCCGGUGUCUCCGGCUCUCGAGGGCUAUGUCGGCGAGGAGGACGGCUUCGACCCGAUCGGCAUGUCCCUCGCCUGGGACAUCCGCUGGCUGCGCGAGGCCGAGCUGAAGCACGGUCGCGUGGCGAUGCUGGCUGUGGUCGGCUGGAUCACCACGGACCUGGGGUUCCGCGUCCCCGGCCAGCCCUUCGCAAACUUGUCGACCCUCGAUGCGCACGACGCCAUGGUCAAGUUCGGCUCCAUGCCGCAGAUGCUUUGCUGGGCCGGCUACUUCGAAGCCUUCGGCUUCCUGGCGAUCAUCAACGCGAUGGAGGGCAAGACCGACCGCAAGCCAGGCGACUUCGGCAUCCGCACUUGGUACCCCAAGGACGAGAAGGGCCAGUACGAGAUGCAGCUGAAGGAGCUGCGGAACGGCCGGCUGGCCAUGCUGGCUUUCGGCGGCAUCGCCACCGCGGGCGCCUUCUCCGGCAAGACCUGGCCCUUCUUCGGCGUCGACGUCUUCGCGGAGGGCUCCACGCGCCGCGCGGCCUCCGUUGCGGGCACGCAGUCGUCGUUCUGCGGGGCCUCCAGGGCGCCGCAGCGCAGCAGGACCAGCGCAGUGGCUGCCCGCGCCGAGGUAAGCCGCAGCUUGCCCUUCAUGCCCAAGCCCCAGAACCUCGCCGGGUACGUCGGAGAGGAGCAGGAGUUCGACCCGCUCGGCUUCUCUGACACCUUCGACAUGAAGUGGCUGCGCGAGUCGGAACUCAAGCACGGCCGCGUCUGCAUGCUGGCGACUGUCGGCUUCGCCACCCAGCAGUACGCCACGUUCCCCGGCAUGGCGCCCACGGAGAACGCCCUGAACGCAGUCUACACCGAGACCAACGGCCUCAUCACUCUCAUCUUCCUCGCCGGCUACAUCGAGAGCCAGACCUACAACGGGAAGGUCACGAUGCUGGACAUGUUCGAGGGCGAGGAGGACAAGGUGCCUGGGGACUUCAACUUCGGCAGCGGCUUCCUGAAGGGCAAGACCGACAAGGAGGUCUACGACAUGAAGCUGAAGGAGCUCAACAACGGCCGGCUGGCGAUGCUGGCCUUCGGCGGCAUGGUGCACCACAACCUGGUCGUCAACGGACCCCUCUUCCCCAUCUUCCCCGACGGCUGGAAGGGCCCGCAGGGCACCUGGACGGUCAACGGCUUCCCCAUCGAGAGCAUGGCGAGCAGGCUGGUCGAGGAGGGCGGCGGCAACAGCCCCAUCGGCGUGCAGAACCUCUUCUGA